AUGAGUAAUUAUUGGGCACAAAUGAAAUCAAAUUUCAGAAUCGACAAAAACAAGGCGUUAUGUCUAAUAGUGCAUGCAUGCGAUAUAUCACAUGCAUCGAAACCGUGGAAUUUGCAUUCACGAUGGACUGAAGGCGUUUUGGAGGAAUUCUUUAGACAGGGCGAUUUGGAGUUUAGUAUGGGUUUACCGUAUUCACCUUUAUGUGAUCGUCAUACAGUUCAUGUGGCUGACUCACAAAUUGGUUUCAUCGAUUUCAUCGUUGAACCAACAAUGAUGGUGUGUGGCGAGUUGCUGACGAAAAUGGUUGAGCCAUUGGUAUCGUUACCCCCGUCAGAUUCAUUAUUUCCACCCGGUAUGGGUAAUGAACGAAGCAAUUCCAGUGCGGGAUUGUCACCAGUACCUGAUUCCGCGUAUGGCACAUUUAUUAUUAUAUUUAUUAGUAUUACAAGAUCAUUAUUAUUGUCAUUGUUCUAA